UACACACCAGCCCUUUGAUUAAACGGCAUUCAAGCUACUGAAGAACGUUGAACAUAAACAGAAAGAUGAUCAAAGCGGUUAAUCUUGGGGGGUGGCUAGUCACCGAAGGCUGGAUGAAACCUUCUCUCUUUGAUUCCAUCCCAAACAAAGAUUUCUUGGAUGGAACUACACUUCAGUUUAGAUCGAAAAAAACCGGGAAAUUCCUAGCUGCAGAGAAUGGUGGAGGUACAAACAUUGUUGCAAACCGUGAAUCUGCUUCCGGCUGGGAAACGUUUACGUUGUGGAGGAUUGAUGAGAACAAAUUUCACAUACGGGUGUUUAACAAGCAGUUUCUAGGACUUGACUCAACCGGGAUCAAUUUGGUGGCAAUAUCAAAUGAUCAUCAAACAUCAGGUGUUUUUGAUAUUGUUAUGAAAUCCGAUGAUCCGAACCGUAUUCGUGUCCGGAUUAAAGCACCAAACGGAUUGUACUUGCAGGCAAAAACUGAAAAUCUUGUGACUGCUGAUUCAAAUGGAUACGGGCCAUGGCGAGACGAUGAUCCUUCGGUUUUUGAGAUGAUAAGAAUCCAAAGAUUAGAAGGAGAGUACCAAGUGACUAAUGGUCACGGUCGUUUAAAAGCACCACAAAUCAUGAAAGAUCACUGGGAUACAUUCAUAGUAGAAAAAGAUUUCGAAUUCAUAGCAACACAUGGAUUAAACGCGGUGAGAAUUCCGGUAGGAUGGUGGACCGCUAGUGAUCCAGCACCUCCGGAGCCUUAUGUAGGAGGAUCUCUACAAUACCUUGAUAAGGCCUUCUUGUGGGCAGGGAAAUACAAGUUAAAGGUAAUACUAGAUCUGCAUGCCGCUCCUGGUUCUCAAAAUGGUUACGAGCAUAGCUCUUCUUGGGAUGGUUCUAUCCAAUGGGGCCAAACAGAAGAAACUAUACAAGAAACCGUUAAUAUCAUUGAGUUCUUUGCGGCUAGGUACGCGAACAAUGCUAGCUUAUAUGCAAUUGAGCUCAUAAACGAACCUAAUGCAUCCGGGGUUUCACUAAGCGUCUUGACCAAGUAUUAUGAAGCUGGUUAUAAAGCUAUACGAAGUCAUGCUCCCAAUGUCUUUGUGAUUCUAUCAAACCGGAUUAACGGUGAUUCAAAAGAACUCCUUCCAGUUGCGAGUGGAAAGACGAAUGUGGUUAUUGAUGUUCAUUACUACAAUCUAUUUUCUAGCAUUUUCGAUAACAUGACCGUCCAACAAAACAUUGAUUUCAUCAAAACAGACCGUGCUAAUGAGCUACAAGCCAUCACGACGUCAAAUGGACCGCUGACUUUUGUAGGCGAAUGGGUGGCCGAGUGGAAUGUAAAAGCAUCUACUACUACUAAAGAAGAUUUCCAGAGGUUUUCAAAGGCUCAACUAGAAGUGUUUGGAGGUGCAAGCUUUGGGUGGGCUUAUUGGUCACUAAAACAUGUGUAUGACCAUUGGAGUAUGGAGUGGAUGAUAACAAAUGGCUAUAUUAGCCUUUAGAGGUUCAUCGAAAUUUGAUGAAGAAGUUGCGCAACCGUUUGAAUUAUAAAGUCUAUGGGGUUGACUAUGGAAUAUUACUAUAAGUUAAGAUGCAAGAAAAAGGUUUAUGUUAAGAGUUUACUUCUUUUAUUUUGUAAUGCUAUAUAAGCAUAUGUUGAUCAUAAUAAAAGCAAUCAAUUCCGGUUA